UGUUAUAGACUUGGUGAGGGAAGAAGAGAUCGGUUGCUGUUGGUAACGAUAUUGUGAGACGAUGAGUUGGAAAGAAGAGCAAUCUCCUUUAUUAUCUAUCAACUUGAGUCCUCCUAAAAAUAUAAAGAUUGCGUCGUUCGAACAAGGAAGAAGAACAGGUGCACCCCAAAUAUCCGAUACAAUUGCUUCUCGUAGAGCUGCAUAUGGUGGAAAGAAAAGACUGGAACGUUUACGAGCACCUGUUGAAACGGGACAGGAAAUGCCUUGGACAGGAAGACUCAGUGUCUAUUGUACUUGCAAUACUUAUUCUCUCCGUGAUCUAUUUGGAAACUUGUUAAACAAAUAUCCUGAAGGUGCUCGAAGGUUUGGUACUCGUGACGUUGUCCAUUUGAGACUUCCUAGAAUAGAUGGCCAAGACGGUGAAGACGACGCUGUUUGGUGGGUAGGAAUUGAAGACCCUCGUGGUUCCGACGUUUUCUUUUUUUCAUAUGGAGUUGUGGUGCUAUGGGGACUUUCAGAAGGUGCUGAAUGGCAGUUGUUAGAUUGGUUGAAAAAUUUUGAAAAUGGUCGUCUUGAAGGAGAAGCCGAGAAGGAAUUUCUCGUUUAUAGUUAUGAUCAAUUUUCAGAAGAGGAACUUGCGAAAGUCUUAGAAGAUCAAGUUUGCCUUUCUUCUUUGCUUUCCGAUGAGACUUUGGUUCGUGUGAAACUUGCCUUGUCACAUGGAGCAGCACAGUCAACCAAACUGGGAGCUUUUGAGACUGCUAUUGAUAAUGUGAUUGAUAGAACUCAGGCAUUACCAGCACAAAUGGCAAAUCAAGGCAAACUGAAUAUUAGUCAACGAGAACUGUUAAAGCUUAGUGGAGAACUUUAUAUGUAUAAGGCUUAUAUUCAUUUGCAAUCGGAUGUUUUGGAUAUUCCAGAUUGGUUUUGGGAUAAUGAAGAUGUUGAACCUUUGUAUGGAAAGAUGGCAAGAUAUUUAGAUAUCAAACCUCGUGUCAAUGUACUCAAUACUCGUUUAGAAACUAUCAAUUCAAUGUAUGAUUUAUUUCGAACAGAGUUACAUGUUCGUACUGACCAAAGAUUGGAGUGGAUAAUCAUUUGGCUUAUUGUUAUCGAAGUAGUUUUACAAGUUUUUGGCAUGUUUAUAGGAGUGACCACGAUAUGAAUAAAUGAAAUAUAUAUAUAUAUAUAUAUAUAUGCUAUGCUAGUUGUGUUUUAUU